AGGGAUGAGACUGUGGCGAGUGUUACUGUUGGGGACCAGCUAUGCUCUGGUCUUGUGGCCGGGGGCGAGGGCCUGUGGGCCGGGCAGAGGCUAUGGACGGAGACGGCACAACCGCAAGCUCACCCCACUCUCCUACAAGGAAUUCCUCCCCAAAGUCGCCGAGAAAACCCUGGGAGCCAGCGGCAGGUCUGAGCACAAGAUCUCCAGGAACACAUCCCGCUUCAAGGAGCUGAUGAUUCCCAACUACAACCCAGACAUCAUCUUCAAGGACGAGGAGAGGACAGGAGCUGAUCGUCUCAUGACUCAGCGCUGUAAAGACAAGCUGAACGCCUUGGCAAUCUCGGUGAUGAAUCACUGGCCGGGAGUGAAGCUGAGAGUGACGGAGGGCUGGGACGAGGACGGCAAUCACUCUCAGGAGUCCCUGCAUUACGAGGGUCGGGCUGUGGACAUCACCACCUCAGACCGCGACCGAGCCAAGUACGGCAUGUUGGCUCGCCUGGCAGUGGAGGCCGGAUUCGACUGGGUCUAUUAUGAAUCCAAGAGCCACGUCCACUGCUCGGUCAAGUCAGAACAUUCGGUGGCGGCAAAGACCGGUGGUUGUUUCCCCGGCAAUGCGAGCGUGGUGACGGAGGGCGGCCUGCGGAGGCCGGUGUCCUCGCUGAGGGGUGGGGACCGUGUCCUGACGGUGGACGUGAGCGGACGGCCGGUCUACAGCGAGUUCCUCACUUUCCUGGACAUGUCGGCCGUGGCGGUGAAAACCUUCUACUCCCUGGAGACGGUGGAACCUCAUCGCAAACUCCUGCUCACGGCGGCCCAUCUGGUGUUCGCUGCGGCGGACAACAGCAGCUCCGGCCUGGCGGGCUUCAGGCCUGUGUUUGCCAGCUCCGUCCGGCCCGGGCAGUAUCUGUACACCGUGGACGGACUGGGGGGCCGCCCGGCCCUGGUGGUCAGGGUCCGGUUACAGACGGAGACGGGGGUCUACGCCCCGUUGACCCGCGAAGGCACGGUGGUGGUGGACGGAGUCCUGGCUUCGUGUUUCGCCACGGUGGAUGGACACGUCCUGGCCCAGUGGGCCCUGGCUCCUCUCAGGUUCUGCCACAGCCUAUCCGUGGCUCUGGGGGGCUCCGGUCAGGCCUCCCAGCCCCUCCGAGAGGGGUUACACUGGUACCCGGCCCUCCUGCACCGGCUCGGACGGCUUCUGCUCAGCGAGGACUACUUUCACCCCUGGGGGACGGCACGGGGCUGAGGUCAGGCCUAGUCGGGCCUACUCCCUCCGUGCGGCCCUCAAGAGCUGCUCUUACAGACACCACCGCACAGGACAGGACAGGAUAGGACGGACGGGAAGGGAAAGGAGCAAGUGGGAAUUCUCUGCACAGAAGCCGCGGUGAUUUUUGUUUAGUGAAAGAAACUCCCAGGGAAGGCUCCCGACUCCCAACUCUGGCACGGGAGAGCAGCCGUCUCCUCGCGCUCUGAACCUUCCCACGUGGCAGUGGUGGAACUCACGGGCUGGUUUGGAGACUCUGAAGCCCAUCGAUGGGUUUCCGUGCGUGUCAGACACCCGGCUGAUCACCGUGAUGGUUCGCCGCAUGUUUUGCGACCGCGUGUCCGAAGGUUUAUUCCCAUUUUAUUCCCAAUUCCGGGAAAAAUGUCUUGACCGUGUUUAAGCGGGAGAUAUCGGGAAAGUGCUGUCCAAAGUGUUUGGUUUCCAACCAUGUGGCAACACACUUUAUAUAACAUACACACACACACAUACACACACACACACACACACUC